CGACAAAAUGGGUAGAGGACCAAAGAAGCACUUGAAGAGAUUAGCCGCUCCAUCCCACUGGAUGUUGGACAAAUUGUCCGGAACUUACGCUCCAAGACCAUCGGCUGGUCCACACAAGUUGAGAGAAUCCUUGCCUUUGGUUGUCUUCUUGAGAAACAGACUUAAGUACGCUUUGAACGGUAGAGAAGUCAAGGCUAUCUUGAUGCAACAACAUGUCAAGGUUGACGGUAAGGUCAGAACUGACUCUACUUUCCCAGCUGGUUUCAUGGAUGUUAUCUCCUUGGAAGCUACCAACGAACACUUCAGAUUGAUCUAUGAUGUCAAGGGUAGAUUCGCUGUCCACAGAAUCACCGCUGAAGAAGCUUCCUACAAGUUGGGUAAGGUCAAGAAGGUCCAAUUAGGUAAGAGAGGUGUUCCAUACGUUGUCACCCACGACGGUAGAACUCUCAGAUACCCAGACCCAUUGAUCAGAGCCAACGACACCGUCAAGAUCGACUUGGCUACCGGUAAGAUCACUGACUUCAUCAAGUUCGACACUGGUAGAUUGGUUAUGGUUACCGGUGGUCGUAACUUGGGUAGAGUUGGUGUCAUUGUGCACAGAGAAAAGCACGAAGGUGGUUUCGACUUGGUCCACAUCAAGGACUCUCUUGACAACACUUUCGUCACCAGAUUGGCCAACGUCUUCGUCAUCGGUACCGAAGCCGGUAAGCCAUGGGUUUCCUUGCCAAAGGGUAAGGGUAUCAAGUUGUCAAUUUCUGAAGAAAGAGACAGAAGAAGAGCCCAACAAGGAUUGUAAGUGCUAGCUUUGGCUGGAGCACUGUGAUCUUUGAUCUCUAUAGUUGCAUUUAAUGUAAUAUAAGUAUAAUAGCAAUUCUGUUGAAGUAGUGAAGGAGUAUCAUGGUAGAGUUGUAUAAAAAAUGUAUAUAGAUGAACAGCACGUAAGUUCAUUGUAUUUAGUUCAUUGGAUUUUUCAUACUCUUAUCAUCUAACUACAGUGCAUUGCAU